ACUCUCCUUUGGCAGCACCGCCUUGGUCACCCCUCCUUGCCUCAUCUCUGAGGCAUGGCCUCUCGUGUCCUUGUCUCUGGUGUCCCUCGGUCUCUCCCUCCCCUACCUCCGGGGCCUGGCCCUACCUGCGGGCACGAGCGCUACUUUCUGUUGGUGGUUGACGACUUACUCGCGUUACACCACAGUCUUCCCCUUGCGCAACAAGGGUGACGUCACUGAGGUGUUGAUCGACUGGAUCCGCGCAGCUCGCCUCAAGCUCAGGGAGAGUUUUGGCUCGGACUUUCCUGUUCUGUGUCUGCACCCGGAUAGAGGCGGGGAGUUUUCCUCUGCCCGUCUGGGAGCCUUAUGUCGUGCACAGGGCAUCCGCCAGACCUUCACGCUUCCGGCCUCUCAACAGCAAAAUGGGAUUGCUGAGCGCCGCAUUGGCAUGGUCAUGGACGUCGCUCGUACGUCCAUGAUGCAUGCGGCUGCCCCCCAUUUUCUGUGGCCGUUUGCGGUUCAGUACGCUGCGCAUCAGCUCAACCUUCAGCCUCGGGUCUCCUUGCCACAGACCUCCCCCACCUUGCAGUGGACGGGGAAGGUUGGCGAUGCGUCUGCGUUUCGGGUCUGGGGAUCUCGGGCGUUUGUCUGCGACUUGUCUGCGGACAAGCUGUCCCCCCAUGCUGUUCCCUGCGUCUUCCUUGGCUUCCCCCCUCACGCGCCUGGGUGGCAGUUUUACCACCCCACCUCGCGCCGUGUUCUGUCCUCCCAGGACGUCACCUUUGACGAGUCGGUGCCUUACUACCGCCUCUUCCCCUAUCGCGCUGCGCCCCUCCCCCCGCCGCUGCUCUUCCUUGCGCCACGUCCUCCCCAGGUAGACCCCCUCCCCCCUCAGGGUCCUGCCCCGUCAAUCGUGUCCCAGGUAGACGCAGACGAGCCUGUCGAGGUAGCUGUUGACUCUGGUGCUACUAGAGGUGCUGAGCUUGCAGGUGCCGGGUCUGGAGGUGCUGAGUCUGAGGGUGCUGAGACUAAGGGUGCUGAGACUAAGGGUGCUGAAUCUGGGGGUGCUGAGCCUAGGGGUGCUGGGUCUGGAGGUGCUGAGCCUGGGGGCGCGGAGCCUGGGGGCGCUGGGUCUUCUCGUGUGGCCGCCAGCGGUGCUUCGUCGAGGCGGGAGCCACUCUCUCCACAGGAGCUGUGCGAGUGGUUUGCCCGCCGCUGGAGCCGUGCUGCUGGAGCUGGAGGUACUACUGUUGCUGCUGGUCCCGAAGGUGCUUGUACUGGCGGUACUAGAGCUGUUGGGACUGGGGGUGCUGCUGGGGCUGCUGGAGUUGGUCCUGCUGAAGCUGCUGGCGUUACUGGAGCAGCCGGUCGUGCUGGAGUUGGUGCUACUAGAGCUGCUAAAGCUGGAGCUACUGGGGAUAUGGGCGCUGGUGUUGCUGCUGGCGCUGGUGCGUCUGGGGGUGCUGGGGUUGGUGCUGUUGGAGCUGGAGGUGCUGCUGGCACUGGUGCUGUCGCUGGGGGUAUUGGUGCUGUCCCUGCUAGUUCUGGAGGCGCUGCGCGGCCGCAACUGUACUUCGUUCCGCUCCUUGAGCAGGUUCUUGGUCUCUCGCCCUCUACUGGUCCUCCUCCUCCCUUAGAGUGUCCACAGCCUGUCCAGACGCAGUCACAGUUACAGCCCGCCUCCCCCCAACCUGCUCCUUCUCCCUACACUGGUCCUACUGGAGGUCUUGCUGAGCGUCGUGAGCCUGCGUUUCGUCCUCUGUCGCCUGUUCGUGCUGCUCGCACUAGUCGUCAGUGUUCCAUGUCCGCGUCCUCCUCAGUCCCAGGCACACACCAGAUGGCGCUGCGUCCUUCCACUGCUCCUGUGCGUGACCCGUUGCCGUCUCCUCCUGAGUCCUCUCUUCCUCUUCUUGCUGACCUUGACACGCACGUCCUUGAGGACAGGCAGGAGGAGUUCCAGUGCUUUGCUGCUGCUUUGCCCCAUCUCGUGUCCACGCUGAUUGCCCCUGAGGGAGACCCGGAUGCACCAGACAUCCCGACUCCUCGAUCGUACACUGAGGCGAUCGACGGUCCCUACUCCUCUCACUGGCAGUCGGCCAUGGAUGCAGAGAUGGCUUCCCGGAAGUCCACAGACACCUACGUCGAGGAGGUUCCCCCACCUGGGGCGAACAUCGUCAGUGGCAUGUGGAUUUUCAGGGUGAAGCGGCCGCCGGGUUCUCCACCUGUCUUCAAGGCGUGUUACGUGGCUCGAGGCUUCAGUCAGCGGCAGGGAGUUGACUACUUUCAGACCUUCUCUCCCACCCGGAGGAUGACCACUCUUCGGGUGAGGCUGCACAUAGCCGCUCAGCGCGACUACGAGCGUCACUCUCUUGACUUCAGCACUGCUUUCCUGCAGGGCAGCCUGCACGAGGAGAUCUGGCUGUGCCGCCCACCUGGCUUCACUGGGUCGUUUCCUCCUGGUACCCUGUGGAGCCUCCGGCGGCCAGUCUACAGUCUCCGCCAAGCGCCCCGUGAGUGGCACGACACACUGAGGAAUACACUUGCGGCUCUUGGGUUUGCUCCUUCUACAGCCGACCCGUCACUGUUUCUGCGCACCGACACCUCUUUCUCGCCGUUCUACAUCCUCGUGUACGUCGACGACUUGGUCUUUGCCACUUCUGACACUACUAGACUCGCCCACGUGAAGUCCGAGCUGCAGAAGAGACACACGUGCACAGACGUGGGUGAACUGCGCAGCUACCUUGGCUUGCAGAUCACCCGGGAGAGAGCACAGCGCACCAUUACCCUGACUUAG